AUGGCGCCGGCGCUCCCAGGACUGGAUAUUAAGCAAGAGAUUCGGUCCAUCGGAGGCCCUCUCAAAGUGCACGGGCACCUCAUAAACUUGCAGCUUGUUCACGUUCUGCGCGCCUUGGGCAAGAAGAAGAAGCCAUGGGAUUCCAGCGCAACCAUCCUGACUCUUGGCAUGGCCGGGGGACGGUACGAGAUGUUGAAGUACGACGAGUCCAGCGUGCGUUCCUGUUACGACUCGUUCUCGGGCAUGAGGGACACGCUGGUGUAUUGCUACCAGCACCCUCCGUCAACGUUCCCUCAGUACAAAGAGCUAGAAGAGAAGAUAGUGACAGGCUUCAACGAGACACGAACUCCCAAGUUGCAGACCCAUCAGACAUCUAAGGGCGAUGACCCUUAUAAUUUGUAUUGGAACGCCCGCGUGCACUUGUGGGCGCUCAAGCCAGAGUCGCUGCGGCGAAACGCGUCGGUGACGUUCAGCAUGCUCCCGCUCCCAGAUAAGGGCAAGCUCCUCGAUCAGCUGCAUGCCAGCGUCGGCACGGACAAUGUUCGGGAGGCGUGUGAAAAACUGUCGCAUUCUGGUAAGUGGGAAGAAAUUCCAAUGAGACUGUGUCUCGGCACGGGCAAGCAAUACCAGGCCGUGGACGAGGGCCCCGCCGACGACGAGCCUGACGGGGCACCGAUGGCGCCCCGUGCUGCGCGCGGCGGACACGCCGCGAAGGUCGCAGUGGCGUGGUCGAACUAUUACGAGACCUGCUACAUGAGGACUGACUCGCGUACAAGAGCCUCGAACUUGCGGGCGCUGCACACGGAGCGCGGCCGCCCAGACAAGGAGCAUGGCAUCGUGCAUCCCAGCGGCCCAGCGAGGACAUCCCAGACACCUGAUCAGCUGGUGUCCAGGAUUCCUGCGGGCAGCGGCCGCCUGCUUAAGUGCGGGCGGUGCGGCUACGCCACGCUGCGGUACGGACAGGGAUCCUGCCGGCAUAUCAAGCGGUUCUGCGUAGUGUGCAAUCCGAAGCAAUUGCCGAGCAUCAAGACGUGCCCGCGCUGCGGCGCGUGA